AUGUCGAAACCGAUUGCCAUUAUUGGAUCAGCAUGCAGAUUUCCUGGCGGUGCGGACUCACCGUCCAAGCUGUGGGAGCUGUUAAGAAACCCUAAAGACGUGCUUAGCGAGUUUCCCCCCGAAAGGCUAAAGCUCAAGAACUUCUAUCAUAAAAAUGGGGAGCAUCAUGGUAGCACGGACGUGCAAAACAAGGGCUACCUGCUUUCAGAGGAUAUUCGUCAGUUUGAUGCCUCAUUUUUCCGUAUCAAUCCCGCAGAGGCAGAUGGCAUGGACCCUCAGCAACGCAUUCUCCUUGAAACCGUGUACGAAGCCCUGGAGUCGGCUGGCUGCCCCCUUGAACAAAUGCGAGAGUCCCUAACAUCCGUUUAUGCCGGACUGAUGAAUGGCGAUUUUGCUGAUAUCCAAGCACGCGACCUUGAAACAAUACAAACUCACCAUGGCACUGGCACCCAUCGAAGCAUCCUCUCAAACCGCAUCUCAUACUUCCUUGACAUCAAGGGUGCGUCCAUGACAAUUGACACGGCCUGUUCCAGCUCCCUCGUGGCCCUCCACCAAGCUAUGAUGAGCCUACGACUGGGUGAGAGUGACAUGGCCAUAGUUUCUGGUGCCAACCUCAUCCUCGACCCGACGAUGUAUGUGGCUGAGUCGAAACUCCACAUGCUUUCCCCUGACUCCCGGUCCCGCAUGUGGGAUGCCUCAGCAAAUGGUUAUGCGCGUGGAGAAGGGUUUGCGGCCAUUGUCUUAAAGCCACUCGAUAUAGCGGUUCGGGAUGGAGAUGAUAUUGAGUGUGUCGUCCGUGGUAGCGCAGUAAACUCGGAUGGCCGAACAGCGGGUAUCACGGUCCCGAGCGCGACGGCACAGACCAAAUUGAUCAGACAAGCUUAUCAAGAUGCUGGUCUGGAUCCUCUUGUCGACCGGUGUCAAUUCUUUGAAGCCCACGGGACCGGUACUCGCGCAGGAGAUCCGGUUGAAGCAAGGGCAAUCCGAGAUGCUUUCUUCCCAGACGAACUAAAGGGUAUUGCCCCCGACGACAAGCUGCUCGUAGGCUCGAUUAAGACUGUUGUGGGCCACCUUGAGGGCUGUGCUGGGCUAGCCGGAGUGCUGAAAGUCUCCCUUGCCAUGCGAAACCGAACAAUCCCACCUAAUUUGCAUUUUUCUACAUUGAACCCGGCCAUUGUUCCAUUCUACGACCGUCUCCAUAUUCCUACAAAGGCAUCAGACUGGCCCAGAGUCCCAGCGGGCUCGCCUCUUCGUGCUAGUGUCAACAGCUUCGGCUUUGGUGGGACCAACGCCCAUGUCGUCCUCGAAACAUUUCAAAAAGAACCUUCCAUAGAUGAGCGAAAUGGGAGUCAUAGUGAUGAUGAACGGUUUGUGGGACCGUUGAUAUUAUCUGCCCAUUCAAAAGACUCGCUCGUGCAGGCUGUUAAAGCCCAUGCCGAUUGCAUUCGCAGCAACGAUGACCUCGAUCUCGACUCCAUGACCUGGACGCUGCAGUUCCGGCGCACGCAUUUCAGCAACAAUCGUGCUUUCUUUUCAGGAGCGACACGUCAGAAACUUGUGGCAUACAUGGACGCCUUUGUGGAGGAAAACUCAGCAGCAUCCGCAGCACCUGGGGACAGUCACCCUCUAGGCCCUUUAAACGAUGGCAGUAUCGGGAUUCUGGGCAUUUUUACCGGCCAGGGCGCACAGUGGCCGACAAUGGGACGUAAUCUUAUUUUGCAAAGCCCACUUUUCCGAAAAUCCAUUACCCAACUCCAGGCCUCACUUGCAGCCCUUGGAGACGAUGCUCCGUCGUGGUCACUAGAAAAGGAGCUUCUGGCCGAAGGGGACAGGUCUCGUGUUGCUGAGGCUGAAAUAUCACAACCGCUUUGCACUGCCGUCCAAAUUGGACUUGUUGACCUCUUGCGCGCCAGUAACGUUGCUUUACGGAGCGUUGUUGGCCAUUCAUCAGGUGAAAUAGCCGCCGUAUAUGCAGCCGGUAUCAUCUCGGCUCACGACGCGAUACGAAUUGCAUACUAUCGUGGCUUCCACGCAGGGCUAGCUCAAGGCCCCAAUGGGAAGCGUGGCGCCAUGAUGGCCGUCGCUCUAUCAUUUGAGAGCGCUAGCGAUCUUUGCGAAAAGCCAGAAUUUGCUGGCCGCGUGAACGUUGCAGCUGCCAAUUCUCCGAAUAGCGUAACACUGUCUGGCGAUAUUGAUGCGAUCGAAGCCCUGAAGGUUUACUUCGACACGGAGAAGAUCUUUGCUAGGAAGCUCAAUGUUGACACUGCUUAUCACUCGCAUCAUAUGAAUGCCGCUGCAGCUGCGUAUCUGGCAUCUUUGGAGGCCUGCAGCAUUCAGGUUCAUCCCCCUAAUGAAGAUUGUAUAUGGGUGUCUAGCGUGCGUGGCGAUGCAGAGCUUGUCCUUGAUUACGCCGACGACGAAACAACUUUAGAUGUGUUAAAGGACCAAUAUUGGGUUGACAAUCUCCUGAACCCUGUCCUGUUUGAACCAGCAGUGGAAUGUGCUCUUUGGAGGGCCGGUCCCUUUGAUAUCGUGACCGAGGUUGGACCUCAUCCUGCACUCAAGGGGCCAAGCACGCAGAUUUUCAAGGCCCUACUAGGCUCCUCUCUUCCGUAUUUUAGCGUUAUGCGGCGUGGGGAUGACGAGGUUGAGGCUUUCUCAGGCGGUCUUGGUUACCUCUGGCAGCAUUUUGGCCCUGCAGGCUUAAUUGACUUUAACGGGUAUCGCAAUGCUUUUGCUGACCCGAGAAGCCAGAAACGGACACCACGACUUCUCAAGGACUUGCCAUCAUAUCGCUGGGAUCACAACAGGGUUUACUGGAAGGAAUCUCGCAUAUCAAGCACCUUCCGUCUGGGCGACAGACCUGUCCACGAGCUGCUCGGUCGCAGAGCGAUAGAUGACACACCGGAGCUUCUGCGUUGGCGUAACAUUCUCCGCCCAGCAGAGUUUCCCUGGGUUAGGGACCAUGUCGUCCAAGGCCAGACCGUUCUUCCUGGUGCUUCCUAUGUCGCAGCUGUUAUCGAGGCCAGCAAAACUCUGGUUGGAGAACAGCCCAUCAAGCUUGUGGAAUUGCUUGACCUGAAAAUACCCAGAGCGAUUGUCCUGCAAGAGAACAAAUCAACUGAGCUCAUAACUUCACUUCGCCUUGUCAACAAGACCGAAAGCUUUCUUCUAGCUGAGUUUGCUUUCUCCACAGCACCGGCAGACGAUGCUAGUGCUACGAUUGAGAAGACGUGCAGCGGGCUUGUCAAGAUCCAACUUGGCCAAGUUGAUCCGAAACAAUCGCUGUUAGCUAUACGUGACCAACUGCCACCCAACCUGAACCAGCUGGAUCUUGAUCUGUUCUACACGAAUCUUAAAGGGCUGGGUAUUGACUAUCGGGGCUCGUUCCGUGCAACCAAGUCUGCUCACCGGACAGUGGGCUAUGCUUCCUCCCUGGCGUCGUGGGAUGCCACGGAGCUUGGCGAGUCAUAUUCCCUUCAUCCCGCUAUUUUAGAUGUAGGAUUUCACGCUUUACUUGCAGCUUUCGCGGCUCCAUCAACUGGCCAGAUGUGGGCGAUGUACCUGCCAGUACGCAUCCGACGACUUACUAUCGACCUGGCCAGUUUACGGUGCAAUGCACCCACUAUCAGAACAAAGACCUCUGCUUGGGUGACGAACUCCUCGGCAAAGGGAAUGGAGGGAGAUCUCCAAAUAGUGUUUGACUCUUGCGUGGGUGUGCAAGUUGAAGGCAUUGAGCUGCAGGCGACGGGGGACGCUAUGGCUAACGGUGAUCGAUUACUCUUCUCUAAUGUGCGAUGGGACACUGACAUCUCGUCUGGGAUGGACAAUGUUAUUCUGGAGAAAGAGCCCGACUUGAUUGCAGACGCAGAGCUGGUGGAGGCCAUGGGCCGCACCGCGCUCUACUACUAUCGACAGCUGCUGGACGAGAUAUCGCCUCGUGAGAUGAAAACUCUUGCCUGGCAUCAGCAAAUGUUCUGGCAAUCUGCCCAGCAUUGGGUUGAGGAAGUUAGCGCUGGGCGCCACCCAACUGUCAAGAAAGAAUGGAUGAAUGACACACGCGAAAUUGUGUGGAAGCAAGCCGAAGACUGUCAAAAUAGUAUCGAUAUUGUCAUCAUGCGCGCUUUAGGUGAGGUCUUACCAUCUAUUGCCCGUGGCGAGACGCAGCCGCUGGAGGUGAUGAUGGAAAACAACAUGCUGAGCCGAUUCUAUGCCGAAGCCCACGGGCUACCCCCUAUGAAUGAUUAUAUUGCGCGGGCAGUCGGCCAGAUCGUGCAUCGUUAUCCCAAAGCCAACAUCCUCGAGAUCGGUGCUGGGGUCGGAGGAACGACCCGGAAGGUCCUGCCCGCUAUUGGGAACGCCUUUGGCCAUUACACAUUCACUGAUAUCUCGUCGGGCUUUUUCGAAAAGGGUGCCGAGAAGUUCGCCGCGCACCGCCGCAAGAUGACCUUCAAGGUUUGUGAUAUUGAGAAAGACCCUAUCGAACAAGGGUUCGUUGAAGAGGGUUAUGAUAUAAUCGUCGCUGCAAAUGUUUUGCAUGCUACACGCUCUCUCGCCGACACUAUGCGGAACGUUCGUCGUCUCCUGAAACCGGGCGGUUAUUUGGUGAUGAUGGAAAUAACUGGUGAUCUCAUGCGUUUGGGCUUCAUCAUGGGCCCGCUCCCAGGCUGGUGGCUCGGUCCUCAAAUCGGCGACGAGGGUCGGCAAUGGUCUCCCGGCAUAUCGCUUGUUCAGUGGGAUGAUCUCUUGCAACGAACCGGCUUCUCGGGCGUCAACCAGGUGGUCUCAGACGACGCAGUGCCGCACAAACACUAUGUUUCAACGAUAAUCAGCCAGGCUGUCGACAAGGAGUUUGAUGUGCUACGCAAUCCUUUGUCAGAUCUGAGUCUCGUGCCGCCGCUUCCUCACGACCUGCUAAUAUUGGGUGGCGAGUCGCUUCCCGUCGCUCAAUUAGCCAGGAACCUGAAGAAGACUUUCACACUUUGGAACACCACCGUAAAGAUAGUCGCUAGCCUUGACAUGCUCUCUGUUGAGGCGAACGAGCGCAUGUCGGUCAUCAGUCUGACAGAGUUGGACAAACCACUGUUUACGGAUGAAUUGACAGCCGGAAGACUUGAAAGGCUCCAGACACUCCUAAGGUCAUCUGAUUCCAUCCUCUGGGCCACAGCAGGGGCUAGGUGCUCUAAUCCAACCUCUAACAUGUUUGUUGGCCUCGCCCGGGCGUUACGUACUGAAAGACCGGAUAUCAACGUCCAGCUCUUGGAUUUCACACGGCUAGCAGACGCAGCUCCCGACCUAUUAGCUGAGUACUUCCUCCGCCUGGCUCUAGUAAAGCAAAGUACUUAUAGAGACAAAACAAUGGUAUGGACAACCGAGGCUGAACUUGCGUUUGAUGGUGAGAAGCUGUUGAUUUCGCGCCUCCUCCCUGAUAAUUCGCGCAAUGAAAGGUACAAUGCUUCGCGACGCAGCUUCAACAAGGUUGUUACCCUUCAAGAAUCAGAAGUGGAAGUCAACACCGAAGGGGGUUUGGUCUCCUUACUGGGAGUGGACUCGAAUCUCGCACGCCGCCUGGCACGACCGCGCAUUGAAGCGGAGGAGAUUCUCAACGUGGACCUGUCAGUAGCUUUUUCCAACUCGACUCAGAAGUACUUCCUCUCCUAUGGUUCUAUCAAGUCCAAAUCCAAGAAAGCCUUCGCUAUAUCCCAACACAAUCGAUCAGUUCUUUUGGUCCGUUCUCAAAAUACGUUGCUCCUAGAUUCUAUACCUCCACGAGAAGUAGAGAUUGUUGAAGCCGUUGCCGGACAACUCCUUGCUCGCAAUCUCGCAUCGAGCAUUCCUCGAAGGGGGGAUGUGUUGGUGUAUGAGCCACCGUCUGAAAGUCUCGUCAGAGCCAUCGAGUCCAGCAGCUGGUGGAAGGGCCGUCGAGUUCACGUUGCUACCUCACGCACAGACAUACCUAUUCCCGCAUCGUGGAUCUUCAUAGAUCCUCAUGCCCUUGCUUCCUCAAUCAAACAAUUGAUCCCAAACAGCGUUACGGCCGUUGUUGACCUUUCCACGCCAGGCUGCCGUGAUGUUGCGGAUUUUGCUCCUGCAACCGCUGUUAUUAGGCGCUCUGAAUCUGCUUUCUUUGGGGCCGACAAAGAUGAUCUAGCUAGCGCAUACAAUGAUGCUCUUGUUACGCUUGCCAAUAUGCGCGAAUCUGAGACAAAGACACUUCCGAUUCGGACCCUUUCUGAAUGCCGUUCAUCUACGAUCAUAUACCCUUCAGUAGUUGACUGGCGACAACAGCCCCGCGAGACAUUGUCGGUCCAGGUUAAGCCUUUAGAUCCCGUCGGGAUCUUCUCAUCAUCCAAAACCCAUCUAAUGGUGGGCUUGAACGGGGAGCUUGGUCAGUCGAUUUGCGGUUUCAUGGUUCGCAAUGGAGCCCGCCACAUUGCCAUUUCUAGCCGACGCGGCGAGGUGAACCCAGGCUGGCUCGAGACGAUCCGACGAGAGUACGACGCGGACAUUCGUCUUUACAAGAUGGAUGUCACCAAUCGGCAAUCCAUCAUUUCCACUUUGGACCAGAUCGAAAAAGAGAUGCCCCGUAUUGGAGGGGUGGCCAAUGGAGCCUUGGUAUUACAGGACAGAGACGUUCUGAAUAUGGAUAUCGAUUCGCUGAACAAUACACUUAAACCGAAAGUGGAUGGCUCCAAAUAUCUGGAUGAGCUCUUCCCUCAUCAGAAUCUGGAUUACUUCGUCUGCUUUUCGUCUGUCGCGGCUGUCGGGAAUAACCGUUCGCAAGGCAACUACCAUGCCGCUAACCUGUUCAUGGCCAGCUUGGUAGCAAACCGCAGGGCAAGGGGAUUAGCAGGGUCGGUUAUCCAUGUUGGCGUGGUGAUUGAUGCUGGAUAUGUGGCAAGACAGGGCCGGAAACUCGCUGAAGAUUUGCGAAAACAGGGUUUCAUGCCAGUAUCGGAAACUGACGCACAUUUCUUGUUUGCAGAAGGUGUGAUUGCAAGCCCGGCUGACUCCGAACUCCAUGCCGACAUUUGUAUGGGCCUUGAGCCAUUCAUGGACAGCGCAGACGUGCCAUUAAGACCUCCUUGGUACGGCGACGCACGACUAUCGCACUUCGUUGUGCAGCCGGAACAAGAUCUAGCUGAUUCGAAACAAGGAACUGGUGAUAUGCUGUAUUUGAGACAGAGACUGGACGGGGCCACGUCUGUACAGGAGACCAAUUCUUUGUUGCAGGAGGCCCUUUUAUCCAAGCUUGGGGCCAUGAUGCAAUUAGAUGCUGGGAGCAUUAACGUUCACGUUCCACUUCUAGACUUGGGCUUCGACUCCCUCCUUGCCGUCGAGCUGCGUACCUGGUUUUUGAAAGAGGUCCAUGUCGACGUCCCGGUCCUUCGCCUCCUCGGCGGAGACACGACCAGCGAGAUAUGUGAGGAGACUGCGGCCCAAUACCUCGCUUUUAAAUCCGAGCAGGCCCAUAGAACAGAGGGAGUCUUAGCAAAAUCAUCUCAGCCUGACAAUGAUAACAUUACAUCUAAGGAGGAUUCAUUCCUGCGAGAACCCUCGAGGCCCACCAGCGAGAGCAGCGAACCACCUUCGAACACUCUAACCUCAAGUUCUUUGGAUGGCCACAAUACCUCAGGCCUCCCAAGCCCACCGACUACGACACUACCAACUCCCAAUAAUGAAAGAUUGGCUGUAUCAGACACCGAGUCUGCCCAGUCAAAGGGGGAACCCAUUUUAGGUACCCAGGCCCAAAAACGUAUGGAGAGAUCUACCUCUAGAGUCGAGAUAAUGUCUUACGCUCAAUCUAGGCUCUGGUUUCUUGGUCAAUAUCUAGAUGACCCAAUAACCUGCAAUAUCGCCGUCCGAUACAUCGUCAAUGGGCCUUUAGAUGUAUCUAGGUUCCGCGAGGCCCUAAAUACAGCUAUCGCACACCAUCCCAGCUUGAGAACGUGCUUUUAUGCGGACGACGAAACAGGUGAGCCGACACAAGGGCUCUUACGCACACCAUUGCCUGCGUCUGGCCUCAAAUAUCUCCAUGCAUCGCAUGAGAAAGAUAUCGAAUAUGAAUUUGACCUAUUGCGGAGUCGCGAAUGGAAUAUCGCAUAUGGAGACACAUUCGGUGCAACGUUGCUGUCCACAAGGCGUAAAGAUGAACAUAUUGUUAUUUUUGGCUAUCACCACAUCGUUAUCGACGGCGUGAGCUGGUACACCAUUCUGCGCGAUCUCGAGCGAGCAUACAUGGCUCAACCGCUAAGUCGACAGAGGAAGCUCUAUAUGGAUUUCUCCCUUGAUCAACGACAGGCGGUAGAAUCAGGGGCUAUGGACAAGGCUAUCGCGUUCUGGGAAACGGUGCACGCAAACUUACCAGGUGCUCUACCGCUACUUCCCAUCGCCUCGGUUCGCCGUCGCCGGCCGUUGCGACGUUAUGAAAGCCACACGGUGACUACAGAUAUUGGUAGUGAUUUGGUGGCUAGAAUCAAAGAAGCCAGCAAGGCGUUGCGGGUGACGCCAUUCAACUUCUAUCUUGCCGCGAUGCAAGUUUUCUUUUCCAAGAACCUCAAUAUCGAAGACCUGUGCAUUGGCAUUACAGAUGCCAGUCGAAGCUACGAUGAGCUUACCGACGUGGUUGGCUUCUUCCUCAAUAUGCUCCCGCUCCGCUUCAAAGUUGGCCAGCGUGACUCGUUCGCGGACCUGGUUCAGCGUACGUCCAGGCAUGUUCUUGAAGGCCAGGCCAAUGGCCACGUCCCAAUCGAUGUGAUCUUAAAUCGUCUUAAUGUCGGGCGGGAUGUGUCUUCCCACCCACUGUUCCAGGUUACAUUCAACUAUCGAGUAGGCGCCAUGGCCGAGUCGAGCCUCGGAAAAGAUUGUCAUUUAUCAGUCCAAGACAUUCGAGAUGCCCAAAGCCCGUUCGAUAUCGGCUUUGGCAUUUAUGAAUCUGUCGAAGGGUCGUGCAAUCUGCAAGUCGUUGCUCAAAGCUACCUAUAUACCAGAGACGCCGCCGAACUCAUUAAGAACGCAUAUGUUCACUUACUUGACGUGCUAUCUUCAAACCCCCUGCGGACCCUGCAUGAAUAUAGCAGUUUUGAGCCAAGUGCUGUGGAAAACGGGCUCUUGGUUGGAAAGGGCCCGCGUCAGACGUGGGACUGGCCUGAUACUCUUUGGAGGAGAGUUGACGACAUGGUUACGAAACACACCCAAGAUACGGCCGUUAUAGAACCGCGUGGAAAACUUUCCUAUGGCGAGCUCCGGAGCAGAAUCCAUCUCGCCGCUUCAAUUAUCCAGAAAGAAGUUCCUCGCGAAGGAUUACGCAUAGCCGUCCUCUGUGAGCCUUCGGCAGAUCUGAUCGUCUCUAUGCUUGCGAUACUGCGACUGAACCAUGUGUAUGUGCCGCUUGACACAAAUCUCCCCAAAGAGCGACAUGCUGCCAUAUUGGCUGAUUGUGAGCCCGCUAUCCUGUUAUGCCACCAGGACACUCUGGAAUCCGCAUUGUCGCUGGGGACAAAUAUCCCAAUCCUCAACAUUUCCGCUGCUUCGACACAAAAGCUAGGGACUGAAGCUAACCCCCCAGAGCAUUCGUCCGACCCAUUCCGCCCGGCCUUUCUGUUCUACACCAGUGGCUCGACUGGAAAACCCAAGGGUAUCCAGUUAAAUCAAUCCGGGUUCCUGAACCAUCUCGCGCUGAAGGCGUCUGAACUCUCUCUAGAACGCGAGACAAUUUUGCAGCAAAGCUCUUUCGGCUUUGACAUGUCAUUAACCCAAAGCUUCUGCGCCCUAGCCAACGGUGGCACGCUAGUUAUUGCGGCGAAGACCCUUCGCGGUGAUCCCGUUGCACUCUCAAAACUCAUGCUUGAACACGAUGUGACUUUCACCAUCGCAACACCUUCCGAGUAUGCCAUGCUUCUGCGGUACGGGAAAUCAUGGCUGCGUCAAUGCACAAAAUGGAAGCAUGCAUGCAUGGGCGGCGAAAAGGUGACCCAGCUACUUCUUAGAGAGUUCUUUGAACUGGGUAACCCGAAUCUUCAACUCAGAAACUGCUACGGUCCGACGGAAACAUCGCUUGCUGUAACGUUUGAUGAAAUAUAUUCCAGCACGGUCGGCGAGAUCAUGGAUCAUUCAUCAGUUGGAAGGGUCCUUCCCAAUUACUCAGUGUAUAUUCUCGAUGAAACUUCCGCAGAUCCGGUACCCCUAGGAUAUCCUGGCGAAAUCUGUAUUGGGGGUGUGGGCGUUGCGAUGGGCUACCUCAAUCUGCCGAAUCUCUCGGGAGCCAAGUUCACGCACGACCCGUUCGCCGAUGCAGAGGAUGUCGCCCGGGGAUGGACACGCAUGUUCAAGACGGGUGAUCGAGGCCGACUGCAAACGGACGGGUCCUUGAUUUUCAUGGGGCGAAUGGAAAACGACUCCAUGGUCAAAAUGCGUGGUUUGCGGGUUGAUUUAGAUGAUGUGGCCAACACCAUAGUCCAAACUGCAGCCGAUAUAGUGUCUGAGGCUGCCGUCGCACUUCGCGGAGAGGACGAGGGGCAAAUACUUGUCGCGCACGUUGUCCCAUAUCUGGGACAGGCCGAGACGCUCACUGUGGCCGAAUUACAGAAGCUGGCACAAAGCUUGCCUCUCCCGGCCUAUAUGCGGCCCUCACUUAUUGUUCCUGUUGGUCAUCUCCCCCGUACGCUGAAUGAAUUAUAUCAAGCGAGCACUCUGGGCCGCAUGGCAGCGCAUCUCCAUCGAGUGAAGGAGCAGGAGCCGGUCGACAAGAUUGAUUGGGAGAAGGAAACCGAGUAUCAGACGUCGUCCUUGGAUCUUCACAGUACGCCAUCUGCUUGCUUUCGAGAAUGCAACCGUGAGAUCCUAUUAACUGGCGCACAUACCUUCCUCGGAGCCGAGAUCCUUCAAUCACUAGCCGGAGAUAGCAGUGUUAAGCGGGUUCAUUGCGUUGCGCUUCCCAAGAUUUCAAGCAAUAUCCUCCCUCGGUCGAGCAAGAUUGCAAGCUAUCCUGGCAGUCUGCAGUCGGAGUCGCUCGGGCUGUCCUCAGACGACAUUUCCUUUCUACAGUCACGCAUUGACUUGAUCAUCCACGCCGGUAGUGUUGGGCAUUGCCUAAAUAACUAUUCAUCAGUACGUGCGCCAAACUUGGGCUCACUGCGUUUCCUCGUCGACUUCGCCCUUCCGCGCCGCAUUCCGAUACACUUUAUUUCAUCCAACCGCGUGGUACUACUCUCCGGCCAGUACACCCUCCCACCCGUGUCCUUGCACCAACAUCAGCCUCCUCUGGAUGGCGCUGAGGGCUACACAGCAUCGAAGUGGGCUGGUGAACGCAUGCUCGAAAAGGUUGCACAAACAACAGGCCUUGCAGUAACCAUACAUCGGCCAUGCGCAGUUUUCGGGCCCAACGCGCCCAGCGAGGAUGCUCUUAGCGCUCUAUUACGGUUUAUAGUAUCGUUGAAUGCAGUUCCGCGCUUUAAAAACCUCGUCGGGUUUUUGGACUUUGCCCCCGUUGCCGACGUUGCCGUGAGCAUUGCGCAGUUGGCACUGAACAGAGACCAUAGCGGGGGCACAGGAAAGCGCGUUGUCAAUGCAGCGCUUGUUGGAAAGCCUCCUGUGAAUAUUGUGCAUCACUCGAGCGGAGUGAAAACCCCUAUUGCUGGAUUACGCAGCCGCAUUGAGACGCUGUACGGCUCCGACUUUGACGAACUUGAUAUCACGGCAUGGAUCGCCCAAGCGGUGAAGGGAGGGAUGGACCCUCUAAUCAGCACGUACUUGGAGGCGAUUGUCGAAAAGGAUAAGACUCUUAGAUUUGCCUAUCUUGGAGAGGAGUUUUGA